ACUACGUGUUUUAAAAGUGCAUUACAACAUGAAUGAAGUUAAAUUUUUUAUAAUAUUAUUAAUAAUUUACUUCCUCAAAACGGACAUUGACGCGUACAGGAUUUUAGGUGUCUUUGCUUGGUCCUAUAAAAGUCAUAAUAUGCUAUUUCAAACCUUAAUGAAAAGUUUAGCAAAACAAGGCCAUCAAGUGGAUGUUAUUUCACAUUAUGAGUUGGAAAACCCUCCAGAAAAUUAUAGAACAAUACUCAAUUUAGCAAAUUUAGAAGUUGUACUUCCUGAAGUCCAGUUUGAUUCGGUUGAAAAAACAAAAGAUAACACAGAUGACAUGAUUGCCAGCGCAGAGAAAGGAAUGGCUCUCUGUGCACUACUGUCUCAUGAGAAGAUGCAACACAUUCUUCGAAACCCUCCGAAAAAUCCGGGAUAUGAUCUCAUCAUCAUAGAGGGCGAGGGAUUAUGUUGCCUCUACGCCUUAGGUCCAUUUUUCAAUAUACCUCUAAUCACAAUAACUGCCAGUAAAGAAUUUCCAUGGGUAUCAGAAUUAGCUGGAAAUCCCAGAUCUACAGCUUUUUCCCCAAUGCAUUUGUUAGGGAAAACUGAGAUUAAUACAUUUUUGGAUCGUCUCUUAAACACCGUACAAAGCUUCAUUUAUACAUACAGAUAUUACUCUCUGACGGAAAAGCAAACUGAAAUAAUUCGAAAAUAUUUGGGGCCAGAUCUUCCCUCGGUUAGAGAGGCUGAAAAAAUGGUGGCUUUAACUAUAGUUAAUACACAUCACAGCAUACAAGGUAUUAGACCAACGACACCAGCUUUCAUUGAAGCAGGAGGACUGCACAUAGAGGAGACACACGCCAAUUUCACCACAGAACUCAAACAAUGGAUGGAUGAAAGCAAAGAUGGCGUAGUUUACUUCUCAUUAGGAACUGCAGCUACACUAGAAUCACUUCCAAAGGAGAAAGUAUCAGCAAUUUACUCAUCAUUCGCCAAAUUCGCACCGAUAAGGUUUUUAAUCAAAGCAAGAGAAGGAAAAAUCCUUCCACCUGGAGUUCCGAAGAAUGCCAAGACUCUGACUUGGAUUCCACAAAUGGCUGUUCUAAAUCACAAUAACACAAUCGGAUUUAUCACCCAUGGUGGGCUUCACAGUAUUGAAGAAGCCAUUUAUUUUGCCACGCCGGUCAUUGGAGUUCCAUUGUUUAUUGAUCAAUAUCAAAACGUAGAGAUAUUAGUUAAUAAAAAUAUGGGUGUCCAAUUAAAUUACGAUGAAAUUACUGAACCCAUAUUGACUGAAGCACUAACAAAGAUAUUGAGGGAUUCAAAAUACAGAGAAGCUGCGAAAUAUCAUUCACGCCUUUUUCGAGACAGACCAAUGAGCCCAAUGAAAACUGUUAUCUUUUGGAUAGAAUAUGUAAUAAGGAAUGGUGCAGGGCCUUUAAGAUCACCAGCUUUAGACCUUUACUGGUGGCAACAGGAACUGUUAGAUGUAUAUGGAUUUUUAUUACUUUGUUUUAUAUUACCACUUUAUUUAAUUUUUAUUCGAGUAAAAUUGAUUGUUAAAAAGCAUACUGCUAAAUAUUCCAAUUUGACAAAACAAAAGGUAUGCUUCCUUGUUCGGAGUAAAAUGAGGCAAGGAGUGGGGGCGAGCGAACGAAGGAGAAAUCGGAAAACGAGAAGUGUCUUAGAGAGAAGUGUCGCAGAGUCUACUUCCACUUUAAAGCUAAGAAUACAUUUUUUCAUAGUGAAAUUAACAACAAAGAUGAAAUCCAUCCAGUAUUUCGUAACACUAUUAAUAUUGUUUCUCACAACAGAAAUCAGUGCAUACAGAAUCCUUGGUGUAUUUCCGGUUGGAUACACAAGUCACAACAUUUUAUUUCAAUCGCUGAUGAAGGGCUUGGCUAGGCGAGGCCAUCAAGUGGACGUUAUUUCGCAUUAUGAACCCAAAGAUACACCUGAAAAUUAUAAAACAAUUCUCAAUUUGGCAACCAUAAAUGCUGAUACCCCUAAGUCAACAUUUGAUUCAAUUCAAGAACCAAUCGGUAUCUUUAAAGAUACGGUAAAAACUAGUGAAAGGUUGUUAGGAUUUCAUAUUUGUGAACAAAUGGCUCACAAAGAAAUACAACAGAUUAUUAAGAAUCCUCCUACUGAUCCAGGUUACGAUAUCGUCAUCACAGAGGGUUUAGCAGCGAACUGCUACUAUGCUUGGGGUCAUAUUUUCAAUGUACCUGUAGUAUCUAUCACAGCCAGUAUGGAACUUCCUUGGGUUGCCAAUAAUGUUGGAAAUCCUUUGUCAACAGCUUUUUUUCCGACACUUCCAGUAGCUAAAUUGGAGAUUAAAACCUUUUGGGAUAGACUGCAAAACACGUUGCAAGCUAAAAUUGCUAUUUACAGAUUUCUUUCUUUUACUGAAAACCAGUCAGAAGUAAUAAAAAAAUACUUAAGUCCCAAUAUCCGAAGUAUUAGAGAAGCUGAAAGAAUGGUUGCAUUGACUUUAGUGAAUACGCAUUACUCAAUGCAGGGUGUUAGACCAACCACACCAGCAUUUAUCGAAAUAGCUGGGUUGCAUAUAGAGGAAGACGAAUCCAAAUUGACCAGAGGGUUGAAAAGGUGGAUGGAUGAAAGUAAGGAUGGUGUUGUCUAUGUCGCACUCGGCACUACAAUGCCAUUAGAAAUUCUUUCAAAAAAAAUACUGCAAGCAAUUUAUUCGUCAUUUGCAAAACUUGCACCAAUUAAAGUUUUGAUGAAAAAAUCCAGAGGACAUAAAUUUCCACCUGGCCUUCCAAAGAAUGUUCUCACCAUGCCAUGGAUUCCACAAAUUCCCAUUCUAGGACACAAUAAUACAAAAGUGUUUAUAACGCAUGGAGGUAUCCAUAGUGUUCAAGAAGCUAUUUAUUUUGCCGUUCCCAUCAUUGGUAUUCCAGUGUUUUAUGAUCAAUAUCUGAAUAUCGAAAUUGCAGUCAAGAAAAAAAUGGGUAUUCAAUUGAUUCACGAUAAAAUUACUGAAGAGUCACUGGAUGAGGCACUAAUGAAAAUAUUAACAGACCCCAUAUAUAGGGAAGCUGCAAGAAAUAGUUCAAAACUUUUUCGAGAUCGGCCAAUGAGUCCUAUGGAUACUACAGCCUUCUGGAUAGAAUACACCAUGAGAAAUGGAGCACAACCUUUACGCUCACCCGCACUUGAUUUAUAUUGGUGGCAAACAGAACUCUUGGAUGUUUACGGAUUUUUGUUAUCCUGCUCUCUAAUAACAAUUUAUCUAUUUUACAUUAUGAUAAAAGCCGCUUUUAAAAUGUGUUUUGGAAAAAAUCCCAAACCACAAUUAAAGAGAGACUGAGAAUCAGAUCCAAAUCCAAACCAGUGACUUGGAGAUGGUGGCGUCAGAAAAUUGUAUAUUUUACAUGAAAUAAGAUAAACAUAUUUUUAGAAACCUGAAGCAGUGAAUAACGUUAUGAAGAAAAGACAAUUUUUUUAGAUUCCUGAUACUUAAAAUGGAAAUUAUAGUUUACGUCAUUUUGUUCGCAUUCAAACAGAUGUGACGUCACUAUGCUAUACAGAUGAUCACCAAUCAGACCACUUUAGCCGCCAUGUUACUGCUCAAAAUGUUGACCAAUCAGAUUUCGCAGCUUUCUACUUCUCAGCUGAUCCAGCUGAUUGUCUAUACUCUAAACUAACCUAUACAUUCUUAGAAAAAUAAAAAAAAACGAAGUGUCUAAACGUACGAAGUAUCCCUUAAAAUUAGCCAGCGACUUGGCUGGGCCCUAAUGACUGAUCACAGAAAUAAUUUUGGUCAAAUCCCUACCUCUCUUGAACGUCUAGUCGUUGACUAAUUUUACGGAAAAUUCGGUACGUUUAGUCACUGGCUAGAAAAAAUAAAUCGAUUUGAAAAUCAACGAAUGUCCUAAAGAAGGUAAUUAG